AACUGGGAGCAGCAGUGUGCAUUUAUUUUGAUAGUAGUUUGUGUUGUCGUUCGUUUGAAUAAUAGUUGACGUGUAUAAGAAACAAAACGAAAUAAAUUUGUUGUUGUCAUGGCAGGGUAUAGGAGGGUAAACUAUUACGAACUGUGUCGGCUAUGUACGUCAAGUGAGGGAACAAAAAUGCAUAUUUUCCGAGAAGAAGGACGCAGGAGACAACUCCCCACAAAAAUUCAGAUUUGCUUACCCGUUCAGGUGUGUGAAGAUGAUUCGCUGCCUAAAAUAAUAUGCAACCACUGUGUGGAGAAGCUUGAAAGUUUUUAUGAUUUCCGUGAAUCUUGUGUUAAUGCAGAAGCAAUGCUGGAAAGUUACUUUACCUCACUUCGUUACUCUGAUGAUUUUACAAGAGAAGGAAAGGUGUAUGUCAAAGAUGAAAGCUCAACCAAAAAAAAGACAGCUGACAAUGAUAGUCUAGCAAAACAUCACCACAAAUCCAGUGUGACUGCAUCCACAGAUGGCCUGAACAGCUUAGUCCAGGCUGCAAGUAUUCAGAUUGUUAGCGAUGCUGAUGGGACACGAGUUCAACAGUACAAAUGCCAGAUGCAGAUGCAACCAGGUAAUCCAGUGGCAACUGUUGUGGAAGCUGCAGCAACUGAAGCUCGUUACUCAUAUGAAACAUGCACAAACAGUCCUCGAAAUAAUGAGAAUCCUGCGCCUAAUUCAGAAGUAGGUGUUUCUCAACAAGUUUCAAAAGUCGAAGAUGGCAGUACUCAAUGCAGUGAAACAGACUUCAACAACAAGUCACCAGAAAACAGUGAUGAGGGUGAAGUGACAGCCCAUCAGCAUCAGCAGGCAGCAACUGUAGCAUUUGCAACUGCUGGUCCUGGCCAGGAAAUGCUUCUACACUUCAAUUUCAAUAAAGAACGAGAUGGGUUUCUGAGAUCAGAAGAUCAAGCUGCCUUGCAGAGAUCUUCAAUUGCACAGAUAGGAGAAUUUCUUCGCAUGAAAACAGCAAAUAUUGUGGAUGGCACUGCACAGUCCUCAUUGGUUGAGAUCGCUGGAAAUGUUAGUAGACCCUGCAACCGCUGUGGAAAAAUCUUCUCAUCGAUUGAAGAGCUGCAAACUCAUUCUCCUUGUCAAGAAAAUAGUGAUGCAAGUGACAAAAAUGGAGGACCUGGUUGCAAUUAUUCAUGUGAAGUAUGUGGAAAACCAUUUAAAAGAAAAGAACAUUUAUUUCAGCAUCGUAAAUUGCAUACCGGUGAACGCCCAUAUAUCUGUAGUGUGUGUGGAAAGGCAUUUAGUCGUAAAGAACAUUUGGUGCGGCACGCAGUAUCACAUACUGGACAAAAAAUGCAUUCUUGUGAUAUGUGUGGUAAAUCCUUUAGCAGGAAAGAUAACCUUCAUAAACAUAGGAAAACACACGGAAUAUCGGGCCCUUACAUCUGUGAAACUUGUGGCAAAUCGUUUGUGGUGAAACAUUAUUAUUUAUUACAUAAAGGUAGUCAUUCGUCUUGUUCUUCAGCUGUCUCAGGUGAGGAACAAAAUGCAGUUAACACUGAAAACUCACUAAUGUACAAGUGUGAUAUGUGUUCUAAAAGUUUUGGAACAAAACAAAAUUUACUAGCACACAAGUUGCGUCAUCGAAACAAGACACCACCAGUCAGUGCAAAUCCGACACUUCAUAAUGUUUCUCAGCAGCAGACUCCUGUGCAGUUAGAAAGUAGUGUUGGUGAACCACACACUGUUGCCUUAUCUCACAAUGCUGCCCCACUUACAACUAUCAACAAUUCAGCAUUGUUGGCUCCAAACAUUUUACAUCAUGUCAACACACCAGUAAGUGGAGCCGCUUCGCAGAGCAAUGCUGCGAGUGCUGCAAUGAUUCAAGUGUCCUCAUCUGCUGCAGCCUACCUCUGUACUCCAGGAACAGUUGCAACUAAUGAACUCCUGGAAUCUUACCGACGAAUGCAUUCAACGUGAUCCACGUAUUAAUUAAUGAACUGUGUUAACCUAUAGUGACUCCACAUAGGAUUCUUUUAUAGACUUCCUUCAGGAAAAAUGUGAGUUCCGUCUUUCAAAAUUUUUAACAUGUAAAAGUACAAUAAAGAACUGCAACUCAUCAAUUUAUUUGGCUAAGGUAAGUACAAAUUUUAAUUAACUAAUUUUAUUGAAGCUCAUAUUAAAGUUAUUAUUAUUUUAAUAACUACCCUUUGUACCAAAAUCAUACAGCAUGUAGUUCAGUAUCUUUAAUGUGUGGGGAGGGAGGGGGUUGCAGAUUUUUCUAUUAAAGUGUGGCAUAUAUAUCAUAUUAACACCACUAAAUAUUUAGCAGAUUGUAAUUUCAUAAACAGUUUUGAUACAUAUGUCUACAAGGCUUUUUGUAUCAGCAGCCCAUAUAGUAUUUAAAAUGCAAUUUAUACAUAUUUUUAAAUGUGUAUGUAGAAACAAGUUUCUACAAUUAUUUAUUUUUGUAAAUCUAUAAUUUAAAUAAAUAUUGGCUGUAUUUUAAUUUAGAAAGUGUGUGAUUAGAUGAUGAUUUGUGCAACCUUUCAGUCAUAAGCCAAGCGUUGUGUCUUUAGGCUCCGUGCACCAUCUCGAUAUAUGCAUUGUGGAACACUUCAGAAAAUGCUUAAUGUAUAAUGGAGCUCCAGGCUGAUAAGUGUAGUUUUCCAAUCUAAAAUGAUAUUAAUUUGAUGAAACACCUUCUUUAGGAAGUUGUGAUAAAUGUAGGACAAUUGCAAGAAUGUAUCGAUGUGCUUUAUUCAACAACAUAACAUGUUAAAUUCAAUAUCCAUAAGCAUUUAAAAGCUGUUUCUUCUUCUUCUUCUACUUCUACUUCUUUGCAUUAACCCAACUAGUAUGUGAUCUGCUGUACUCAAAAUUAGGCAUAUUUAUUUUUUUAUUUAACUUUGUAGCUGGUUGCCCAGACUGUCGUCACAGUCAUUAGUCGCCUAAGUGAGGGAUUUUGUGUGUGCCACCUAUCUGUGAAUUGUGUGAGCUUUGUUGUGUGUGUGAUCGUAUAUCAACUGUUAAUGUGUCACAUUUUCUGUGGCAGAAAUUGAGGACCAGCCUAUAUUUGCCUAAAUGAGCAUGGGAAACUGCCUAAAAACAACACUCGGGCUGGCUGAUGCACCAGCCAUGGUCAUUAAUCCACCACAUUGAUUCGAUCCAUGUCUUAAGUCAUAUUUCUGUUUCACAAGCUAAUGGAUUACACUGUAUGAGCAAGUUCAUCAAAAGCUGUACAUUGCAAAAUAAAUUUUCAACUUGAACUCUUAGUUGUGGUCAACAAUGAUUAGAGCUUCAAAUUAUUUAAAAAUAUGUGCCAGUGGCACAUUGAAAUUAUGAACUGGGCCAUAAGACAUGCUCAGAUGGCUUAGUCAGUACAUCAUUGCAACUGAAAAGGAAAAAAAUUGCAUUCCAAUCCCAGUCUAACAAAGAGUUUUCAGAAAAAUUAUAGAUGAUAUUACUAGAACCACAGCUAGGACAUUAAAAAUAUUAAAUAUGGACUGUGGCUAUGGAAGGAUCAUUCAGUGUCUUCCUGAAUUAUUUCAGCUGUGGACCCUGAGGAACACCAUUAAAAUGAACGAAACCAUUAAACAGUUUACUACUAAUUAUUGAAAGAUUCAGUGCAGUAUCUAAACAUAUAAUGGGUUUAAGUUUAGCUUGGACACAUCUUCAUUCGUCAGAUCAGAUCCCUUUAGAGACAUUUUUGAUAACUGAGUGAAACUAAAAUAUGUUUCACAGUUAAUAAAUUGACAUUGCCUUCAGUGAGUAUAGAUUGAUAGUACUUUAAAAAUAUCCAUUUAGUGUUAGAAUGAGACCCGAGGCAGUUGUUGGCAUCAUCUACAGCCAUGGUCAUCAAACUACAGCCUGCGGGCCUCAUGUGGUCGGAAUCAAGAGUUGAUGUGGCCUGUCAUUCUCAGCCAUAUUUUAUAACAUGCUUCUGGCACCUAAAAGCAGAAUCUAAAAAGUCAACCAACAUUAAGGGCUUCUUAAGAGUGUAUUUUUCUUGUUCAGUAACAAACAAAAAUAUGUACAGAUAGAGUAAUAUUUUAAGAUGUGCUUUAUUUUAAUCGAUGUUGGUGAAUUCAGCCGCUUACCUCAGGGGCAUAGGGGAAGUAGCAUGCUCACUGCAUGUUAAUAGAAAUGAGGGAAUAUUUUAUUGUUUGCCUUCCAAUGCUGACAACUCAUGAGCGUGCACAAAUAGAUCCAAUCAGCUGUUAUGGUAUAAAUGCUAAACAGAAGUACACGUGCUCAUGAAAGUGCAUUAUACAGAUAUGAUACAUGUGUGUAGUAAAAUCUUUUUUGUAUACCAUGUCCGGAAGAACAGACACCAUACAUUCAUAUAACUGAAUCGCCUGGAUAGGCAAUGGAUCCACCUUCUGUGCAGCUGCAGGAAUCUCAGAGUAGUGAGCAUGGAGGAAAUGGACUCGGAAUAGGUGGCACUCAGUGGGAAUGUGGGUUGGCCAUAAGUUGUGCCAAGAUGGUUCUACCAGUUGCGAUAACACUAUGUCCUGGAUGGCAAAGUAGUUAAUGCACCUACCUAGUAAGCAGAAGAUUCCAGUUGCAAAUCCCGGUCCAGUACACAUUUUCACUCAUCACUACUGAUUCCACAUAAUGUCCGAUUGCAGCUGACAUCAGUAAUCCCUUCGCUUUCCUUUCAUUUCUCCCCCCAGCCGUCCUCCUCCACCUGCAAUUAUUUAUGUAAACUCCUUUCUUUUUUUUUUUUUUUUU